AUGUCGGCGCGACCACCGCACUCGGACUACCAGGCUCUGGGCAACUCGACGGAUGACGACGCGGACCACGUCGAUGAGACUCAACCUCUCACUGCGACUGCAUCUAAUGAAGCAGGUCCCUCUACUCCACGUGGUCGCCGGAGGACUGGAGGAGGGGCGAGCAUCGACCUGGCUAAGCUGGACAAUGCAUUCAAGCGAUGGACAGAGUCGAUCGCGCAGAAGGUGAAACGAAAGAAGACCAAGGUUCCUGACCUAAGUCAGCGCAAGCAGAUCUGGCGGAGUGUAUUUGAACCAACGAUUCCUGGAGUGCCGUCUCCUGGACCGGUCAAGACGCUGGACCACAAACCGCCCAUGACGGACGCCGACUUUGACGCCAUCGUGAAAUCUGUGAAGACGGCUAUCUCAGACGGUAUCCAUCCCAAGAUGAUCAGCAAGGGUUCGUCCGGUUCAUACUUUGCGAGGGCGAAAGUGAAUGGGAGGGUUCAGACCGUUGCGGUAUUUAAACCUAAAGACGAAGAGCCGUAUGGGAGACUGAAUCCAAAGGCGUUCUUCUAUGACUGGAUUGAUCGGAAUGCCUUUAAGAAAGGGAAGCCUCUUCCUGAGAAGAUUGGGAGCAUGCAGUAUUUCUUACACGGAUACCAAGACGCCUCUGAAUUCCUCAGGAAACAUCCCUGGCCUGGCCGUGCGAUUUCAGACACGUUCGAUGAUUCGACUCACCGACACGGCAGCUUCUCGAAACGAUUUCUAAGUGCCCUCAAGAUCAUCUGUGGAAGGACCGGGGCACCUGACGAUGUGUAUGAUGAGGCGGAUUUUGAGGAAGACCAAGCGCUGUAUGACGCGACUGAGGGAUCUGAUGCCCAAAGACCCUUUUACUGGAGUCAAGGCCUUCAGCAAAGCUUCCGCGAGGAGCUUGAGAAGCUUGUUAUCUUGGACUACCUAAUGUUGAACACAGAUCGUGGCGCUGACAAUUACAUGAUCAAAUACUGCGAAGGAGAUCAUGAAAAACUCGUUGAUGUCGCUCCAACACGUUCUGUACGAUUAGAAAUGCCAGUCAUGAGUGAACUUCGCCGGACGGAGUCACCUGGAAAUUCGCAACCCAAUGCGUCCUCGUCUUCGUCCAACCGCGCCGCCUCCUCAACCGCCUCCCCUCAAAUACCAUCUCGGUCAUCAACACCCCAUGCUGACUGGAAGCGUCGACCACAUAUACACAUUGCUGCUAUCGACAAUUCGCUCUCUUUUCCCCAUGAACAUCCACAAGGAUGGCGUUCCUACACAUAUGGAUGGUUAUACCUUCCUGUUAGUAUCAUCGGUCGCCCAUUCAGCGAGAAGACGCGGAAUCACUUCUUGCCAUUGCUUACAUCCAAAGCGUGGUGGGAAGAAACUACGUACCAGCUAGAGAAGCUGUUCUCCGUAGAUCCCGAUUUCCAUCCCAAGAUGUUCGCUCGCCAACUUGCCGUGAUCAAGGGACAGGCCUGGAAUAUCGUGCAGUCAUUAAAACAUGAUGUGAGGAAAUUUCUCUACGCUGCCAAACCCGUGACGAAGGUUAGAACCAUGGACCCGAAUUGCCGCUCCAUUCGACUCAUCUUCCUUUCAGGUCCUCUGGAACUGACGCGCAGAAUAAAGGUCCUAGUUUGGGAUGAAGAAGUGGAGGUGGCCGAGCUCGACAAUGCUGCCAACGAAGUUCCAGCGUCGCCAACGAUGUCCAUCAGCAGUGUUCCAAUACCUAAACGGUCGCGGAGUCAAAGCUAUGGUGAAUUCCCGCCACCCAUGCGAAGAACAUCAACAGACGCAUCUGGAGCACCUCGACCUGUGCCGUUUGCGGCCAAAUUCCAGCGAAUACAUCCUGGUACCACUGGUGUUACCGUCCUUGAACAUCUGGAACGACUCGAUGCCGUUGAAGCCAGCUUGCAGAGGCUCGGAGUCGACGAGGAGGAGGUUGAUAUGGGGGUCGCUUCCGCACCCUUGCCCUCGAGGCCAUCGCAUCAACGCUCCUUGUCCGGACUCGGUCCUUCACCGUUCUCACCACCCGGAAGUCCUCUGGCAACGGUACCAGAAGGAUCCGGGUCAACUUCGCGUAGGAGCUCGACAAGCUCUAUCGACGAAGAAGACUUGGUUGCGAUGUCCAAGUCGACUUCACAUGUGGAAGGCGGGUAUCCUUUCAGUCGCAACAUCGGAACGAUCUCCACAGCCGGUCUGGAGUGGAUAUCUCCAGAGGACGAACCGGCGAAACGGACCAUGAUCGCGGAGCGUCUUGAAACUGUCAAGAAAACGCCCCUAUGUUCUUGUUGGUAG